AUGUCUCAAUAUACAACAAAGCAGCCAAUCUCCAGCAGUGCUUUAAAUGUCAGAUGUAUAAACAUAUCGCCAGGCACUGUCAGUGCCAGAUCUGCUGCGCAAAAUGUCCAUAUCAAAGAUCCUGCUAAGAGACUCAAUACGAAACACUUUGCGUACGCGAGGGAGUGCCCAAUACAAGCUACAUGCCUCGCAGAGGCACAUCAACGACGUACAUACAGCCCACAAUAUCACACUCCUGUGAUACGACCUGGCAAUAUUCAGCCUGGAGCCAUCUCACCAAAUGACCCUACACCAGCUGAAGCAGCUAAUACAGAGCGAAGUCCUCGCGCACCGGCUCGUAUAGCCACCACACGUCAAUCUGCCAACUCAAGUAGUAAGAGCGCAGCAGCCGCCCAAAAACGAGUGGCAGAAUGA